AUGAACCGUUUAAAGUCGACACUCUUCCGCAUCCCUCCCAUUGUACAAUGCGGCAGAGCAAUAUUACGCAAACCGACCACUAAGGUUACAGCGCAGGAGAUACACACACCACAGUUCAGGACUCUCCUGGAUAAUAUGACCAAAAGCAUGCGACAUGCAAAGGGUAUUGGGUUGGCAGCACCACAAGUGAACUCCAACUUGUCCGUGUUCAUCGUAGAAGUGAAUGCAGAGUACGUGUCGUCUGUUCCACCGGCCCUUCGCACAGAGGCUGGUAUCCGCCCGUACCCUCUAACGGUCUUCAUCAACCCUGUGCUGUCUGUGACUAAAGCGUCGAAGAACAUGACCUUGUUGGAGGGCUGUCUGAGUGUAUCAGGUACUGCAUCUGCAAGCGUGUCUGCGUGUAACAACUAGUGAGUGUGUGUGGGCGAAUGGUGUACCUUUACGUCAACAGAGCUUUGACUCAUCAAGUGUGAUGUGCAGGUGACUGUCCGUUAGAUCUUUGGGCAGAGAUCGCUGUUUUAAUCACACACACGUGAUCACAUGUACAUGUUGCCUGUGCGUGUGUGGUGAUAGUCGUGAUUGAGUG